AUCGACGUUCUCUAUCCACAACAUUCGAAAAAUUCGUACUCGCGCUGCUAGUUGUGUAUGUCUGAGUCCGAAUCUGCGCCAAAAUACCGCGAUACAUAUUCGAAUUCGACCGAAUAUACAUGUGCAACAGCAGAAAGUAAUAAAAGCUCGGCUCGCAUGCAAUUUUCAUUAGUGGGAAAAUUGUUUGAUAUUUAAGAGACAUCCGAGGAAUAAACAGAAUCAACAGCAGACACAUUCCAAACUAAAUUAAUAAUAGAAAAAUAAAAGUAAAAACAUAAACGAAACAACACUUGAGGGGGCGAGCGGAGAGCCAAACGAAAAAAAUGUGGCGGCAGUCAACGAUGCUGGCCGCGCUAUUAGUGGCUCUGUUAGCGGGCAGUGUAGCGAGCAAAUCCAACUCCCCACCAAGAAUCACCAAACAACCGACACCCGGAGAACUGCUCUUCAAAGUAGCGCAACAAAAUAAGGAGAGUGACAAUCCAUUCAUUAUCGAGUGCGAAGCUGAUGGACAACCCGAACCAGAGUAUAGUUGGAUCAAGAACGGCAAGAAGUUCGAUUGGCAGGCGUACGAUAACCGAAUGCUGCGGCAGCCGGGCCGUGGAACCUUGGUGAUCACCAUUCCCAAGGACGAGGAUCGCGGCCACUAUCAGUGCUUCGCGUCGAAUGAAUUCGGAACGGCCACCUCGAACUCGGUGUAUGUGCGGAAAGCGGAGCUGAAUGCCUUUAAGGACGAGACGGCCAGGACCUUGGAGGCCGAGGAGGGCGAACCCUUCGGCCUGAAGUGUGCGGCUCCCGACGGCUUCCCCAGUCCCACGGUCAACUGGAUGAUCCAGGAUUCCGUCGACGGUAGCAUUAAGUCGAUCAACAAUUCCCGCAUGACCCUGGAUCCCGAGGGCAAUCUCUGGUUCUCGAACGUGACCCGUGAGGAUACCAGUGUUGAUUUUUACUACGCCUGUUCGGCCACUUCCGUGUUCCGCAGUGAGUACAAGAUCGGCAACAAGGUGCUCCUGGAUGUCAAGCUGAAGGGCGUGAGUGCCUCCCAGAACAAGCAUGAGCCUAUCAAGCAGUAUGUGUCACGUCGCCAAUCUUUGGCCUUGCGCGGCAAGCGAAUGGAACUGUUUUGCAUCUACGGAGGAACCCCGUUGCCGCAGACCGUGUGGAGCAAGGAUGGCCAGCGGAUACAGUGGAGUGAUCGCAUUACGCAGGGACACUACGGCAAAUCCUUGAUCAUUCGGCAAACGAACUUCGACGAUGCCGGAACGUACACCUGCGACGUUUCGAACGGCGUGGGUAAUGCCCAGUCCUUCUCCAUCAUCCUGAACGUCAACUCCGUGCCGUACUUCACCAAAGAACCCGAAUUCAACACCGCUGCCGAGGACGAGGAGGUGGUCUUCGAGUGUCAAGCUGCUGGUGUUCCAGAGCCCAAGAUCAGUUGGAUACACAAUGGUAAGCCGAUCGAACAGAGUACACCCAAUCCCCGGCGAACGGUCACGGACAACACAAUCCGAAUCAUAAAUCUGGUUAAGGGAGAUACUGGUAACUACGGCUGCAACGCCACCAAUUCGCUGGGAUACGUCUACAAGGAUGUCUACCUAAAUGUCCAAGCUGAGCCGCCAACGAUCGUUGAACCCCCCAAAGCAGUGAGCACAGUGGACGGCAGGAAUGUCACCAUUCGGUGCAGAAUGUCUGGCUCUCCCAAGCCGCUGGUCAAGUGGUUGAGGGCCAGCAAUUGGCUGACAGGAGGUCGUUACAAUGUCCUGGCGAAUGGUGAUCUGGAGAUCCAGGAUGUAACCUUUUCGGAUGCGGGGGGCUACACCUGCUAUGCGCAGAAUAAGUUUGGCGAAAUACAAGCUAAUGGCUCGCUGGAGGUCAAGGAGCACACUAGAAUCACCCAAGAGCCACAGAACUAUGAGGUCGCCGCCGGAAAUUCGGCCACAUUCCGCUGUAACGAGGCCCACGAUGAUACGUUGGAGAUCGAGAUCGAUUGGUGGAAGGAUGGCCAGUCCAUUGACUUUGAGGCCCAGCCGAGAUUCGUGAAGACCAACGACAAUUCUUUGACGAUUGCCAAGACCUUGGAGCUGGAUUCUGGAGAGUAUACGUGUGUGGCAAGGACGCGAUUGGAUGAAGCCACUGCCAGGGCCAAUUUGAUUGUCCAGGAUGUGCCCAAUGCCCCAAAACUUACUGGUAUCACCUGUCAGGCCGACAAGGCGGAGAUCCAGUGGGAGCCGCAGGGUGACAAUCGCUCCCCCAUCCUCCACUACACCAUCCAGUUCAAUACCUCUUUCACGCCCGCCUCCUGGGAUGCCGCCUACGAGAAGGUCCCCAAUACGGACUCUACGUUCGUCCUCCAGAUGUCUCCGUGGGCGAACUACACGUUCCGUGUGAUUGCCUUUAACAAGAUCGGGGCCUCGCCGCCGUCGCCGCACAGCGAUAGUUGCACCACGCAGCCGGAAGUGCCGUCCAAGAAUCCCGACAAUGUCGUGGGCCAGGGCACCGAACCCAACAACCUGGUCAUCUCCUGGACUCCUAUGCCGGAGAUCGAGCACAAUGCCCCCAAUUUCCACUAUUACGUGAGCUGGAAACGCGAUAUCCCGGCUGCCGCAUGGGAAAAUAAUAACAUAUACGACUGGCGGCAGAAUAACAUUGUGAUCCCUGAUCAGCCGACGUUCGUCAAGUACCAGAUUAAGGUCGUGGCCAUCAACGAUAAGGGCGAAUCCAAUACGGCCGCCCAAGUGAUUGAUGGCUACUCCGGCGAAGAUCGUCCGCUGGAUGCCCCCACCAACUUCACGAUGAGUCAGAUCACAACCUCGACCAGUGGCUAUAUGGCCUGGACGCCGGUGAGCGAGGAAUCGGUGAGGGGACACUUUAAGGGUUACAAGAUCCAGACCUGGACGGAGAACGAGGGCGAGGAGGGUCUAAGGGAGAUCCAUGUCAAGGGAGAUGCCCACAAUGCAUUGGUCAGCCAGUUUAAGCCCGAUUCGAAGAACUUUGCCCGCAUUUUAGCCUACAAUGGACGCUUCAAUGGCCCGCCAAGUGCCGUCAUCGAUUUCGAUACUCCUGAGGGUGUGCCGUCGCCGGUUCAGGGAUUGGACGCCUAUCCCCUGGGCUCGUCAGCCUUCAUGCUCCAUUGGAAGAAGCCCCUGUAUCCCAAUGGCAAGCUUACCGGCUACAAGAUCUACUGCGAGAAAGUUGAAGGUAGUUCUGUGGAUAAGCGUCUCGAAAAAAUGCACAUCAGCGAUCCCAGGAUCACACGUAUGAAGCUGGCUGGGUUGGAGCCAAACUCCAAAUAUCGCAUCUCCAUCACGGCCACCACCAAAAUGGGCGAAGGAUCUGAGCACUAUAUCGAGAAAAGGACUCUUAAAGACGCUACGAAUGUGGCCCCAAGCACGCCCUCUUUAUCCUGGGAACAACUGCCAUCAAAAAAUGGACUGGCCAAAUAUCGCAUCAACUGGAUACCUAAUACCGAUGGUCACCCAGGCACACACUUCUACACCUUAUACAGAAUCAAGGGCGAAACACAAUGGAAAAAAACGGAUCCCGAGAUGAACUCGGACUACCAGGAAGUGGGCGGCCUGGAUCCCGAGACAGCCUACGAGUUCCGCGUGGUCUCCGUGGAUGGGCACUACAAUACGGAGAGUGCCACGCAGGAGAUCGACACGACAACCGUGGAGGAUCCGAUAGUGCGGCCCAAUGAGACGGUGGCCAAUGCCGGAUGGUUCAUCGGCAUGAUGCUGGCCCUGGCGUUCAUCAUCAUCCUGUUCAUCAUUAUCUGCAUCAUCCGGCGCAAUCGUGGCGGCAAGUACGAUGUCCACGAUCGGGAGCUGGCCAACGGCCGGCGGGAUUAUCCAGAAGAAGGCGGAUUCCACGAGUACUCGCAACCGUUGGAUAACAAGAGCGCUGGUCGCCAAUCCGUGAGUUCAGCGAACAAACCCGGCGUGGAGAGCGACACCGAUUCGAUGGCCGAAUACGGCGAUGGCGACACGGGACAAUUUACUGAGGACGGCUCCUUCAUUGGUCAGUAUGUUCCUGGAAAACUUCAGCCGCCAGUUAGUCCACAGCCCUUAAACAAUUCCGCUGCGGCGCAUCAGCCAACGCCAACCGCUGGAGGAUCGGGAAGCGGAUCGGCAGUGGCCGGAGCAUCAUCUUCCGGAGGAGCUGCAGCCGGAGGAGCCUCUACCAGCAACGGAGGAGCUGGAGCCGGUGCCGUGGCCACCUACGUCUAAAAGGCGUGGCUGGAAUUUAUUUGCCCCUUGUUCUCCUGGUUUUCUUCAAACGAUUUAAACGCCCCUUUAACCAAAAACUUUGUGUAAUUCUAUGUGUAAAACGAAAACUGCUUUAAGUGUCUGCAAAAAAGGAAACAAAAUUAUAAUUAACUAAAAAAAAAGGGAAAACAAUUGUAAAGUAAAACUCGCAUGAAUUUAAAGCAUAUAAUUUUGCUUCUUUUGGCUUAUAAAUUUAUUCUAGCAAACAGUUAAACGCCUUUUCAAAAACAAAUAACUUUUGUAUAAGCUUAAAAAAAACGAAAAAUUAAUUUAACGUUGAAAAAUGUAUGAAGAAAAGAACAAUUAAUAAUGAUGCCUGUUUGCGUAAUAUAUUUUUUUUUAAUUUUAGUUUUAGUGGCACAAAGAUAUAUAUCUAAAUGGAAAUUGAACCGAGUUUUGUAAAUCCAAGAGCAGGCCGAACUAAGUGAUCGAAAGGAAAUGGAUGCAAAAGCGACAAAAAUAACGAUUCCAGUCUAAUUCAAACUUAGAUUUGUUCAUAAUGUACAAAAACCAAGGCUUAAAUAAGAACCAUCAGGCAGCUUCGAUCAAUGAUUGACUGAAUUGCGAAGAUAAUGCCUUGACUAUUUUGCAAUCAAUUAUACGGUACUGCUCGUAUGUAUGACUAACCAAAUAUCGAUGUGUUCAAUUAGCAGCAAGUCAAAUUUUUUACUUGACAACGUUUACUUCUUGCCACAAUCAAAGACUUAAAGGCAGAGCAAAUUUUCCAGCGCCAGUUCAAGAAACCAAGGCGAAGCAGAAGUGACAUAUUCCCUUGGUCGGCAAUUCAUAUAUAUAAGUUCCGAUUUUCGUCCAUAGUCUAAUGCAAUUUUUCGCGUAUAGUGUUUAAACAGAAUCCUUUCAUUUUGUCCAUUAAUUCUUUAAGUAAAGCAAAUUAGUUAAUUAACAAAUUAGUUGGCCCACUUUUACGAGUCGGUCAUUGUAACCUAUUAUUAUACGCAUCAAAAUACCUAUAAUUGUUCCAUAUAGUACUCCCUCUUAUUUUAAAGAAAAUGUUAAAACCGUGCAGAUUCAAUUGCAUCUCUGGUUUCCACUUAUUCUGUAAUAAUAAUAAUGUAUGUAUUCAUAUUUUUUUUUACUAAAAACACACAAAGUGGCAUUAAAGUCUACACAAACACAAUAAAAUAAAUGUAAUAAAAAAAAGAACACCAUUUUUUGUUUUUUAAAAACCUUGCCGCUUUGAAAGAAAAAAAUGCUUUGAACCUUUUUUUAUAUAUUUAUUAGUUGACACACCACACGCUUUAAUCGACACCCGAAAACAACCACAAUUACAGAACGGGCUCAGUUUUUAAAUCAUUUAUUCGAAUCGGUUCAGUUUUAUUUGCGAAUUAGGCAGUAAAUUAAGUACAUUGGGUGGAUAUAUAAGCUUAUAAUUAUUUGGUCUUUAAAGAACAUACAGGGUUGCUUAGUCAAAUUUUGCAUAGAUUUAGAAAGGAAAAAGAGGAGGCGUGUAAUCUGAUAAUUCAUAUUUUGUGCACUGCUUUCUGUUUGUUGUUAUUUCAAGUAGCUAUUUGUAAUGAACUAUAAUCCCCGGCUUCUGCAUAGCUUUCAAUCGAAUCGAAUACCAAACACCCAAUACCCAGACCUCCAAACAAACACAACCCACACAAAAAUUGGGAGUCAAAUCGAACGAUCCACAUACAAUUCACCUGCACCACGCAUAUCCCAACGAUUGAUAUAACAGAUAUACGAGGAGGAAGUAGAGCGAAGGGAAGUAGGAAACUAGAUCAGAAAGGACAUGCAAGGACAACAAGACAAAAGAACUACAUAAAACAAUACAAACAAAAAUUGCUAUACAAACGUAUAUAUGGAUAUAUGAUAUAUAUUUACAGUAUAGAGGACAACGAUCUAAAUCUAAUGUUCACGACAAAGCUAUAUACAUAAAUAUAUAUAUACAAAACAUAUAGAGAGAUGUUUAAGAUUUUGCAUAGGUAUUGUGAUUUCCCAAAAUAAAAACUCAAAAUAGUCAAUAACAAUGUGAAAAUCCAAAAUUCAAAAGAAAACCAAUUAAACUUAACUAAUAUUUCCUCUUUUGUCGUAUGAAAAAUAAACUAAAGUGUUCAUCAGCGAAAUUAUCGAAAUAAUCGUUCGUUUUCAAUGACAGAGCCAAGGAAAGCGAUAACGAGAUCGAUAGCAAAAGUGAGAGAACCACAACAACAACUGCACUGCCUGUGUAUGGUUCUAUUUUACAUUAUAACAUUAACAGAAUCAUAAACAUUUACACACUUUAAUAAGCGCCGCUUGAGGAAUUCAGAAAACCGAAAGCAAGCCAACACCAUGCAAACAUUUUUAAAACUAAUAAAGGUAAUUUGCACAAUACUGUGAUUCCUAGCAUGAAACAUAAAGACACGAUGAACAAUUAACGAUAAACGAUUUAUAAUCGUCUUUUGUGUGUUUGUGUGGUUAAAAAAUUAAUGUGUUUGCAUUGUAUAUUUUUCACAGCAUAUUGAAAAUGUUUACAACAAGAACUACUAAUCUAACCACUCAGUAAUAUCCAACUUGAACAAUUUACUUGCAUAUGAUUAUAACUAUUAUUAUUGCUAACCAACGGCCUAUAAACAAAUUAAAUAUUAUGCAGAACGAAAUCGAAAACAAAUGAAAACACAAGAAUACAAAGUACUUUUUUAAAAUGAGUUUUUAGCGAAUCAAAUGUAAACUUAAGAUUAACAAAUUCAUAUACAACAAACAAGCGGCAAAAAAACAGCGUCUAUAAAACCACAAUCAGAUCAGAAAAGCAGAAGAAAAAUCUUUGCAAGAAAAAUCAAAACGAGCAAAUGGAGAAAGUGCUAUCUUAAAAGAUCAGAAAACGUGUAAGCUGUAAAACCUAUAAUGAGAAAUAAACUAUAGAAACUAUAUAAAAGACAAAA